AUGGCCAGCGAUGAUGAAGUUGUGAAAGAAGUAGAGAAGCGACUCGGCACGCUAGCAAUUCGCGAAGAAAUAGGUGCCAGCAGUAGCGGUACUUCCCGUCCAGAGAGAUCCCGUGAGAAAUGGGUGGACAUCACCGACGAGUUUUUCGAGAGUUGUCAAGGGCUCGAGCUUGGCGAGUUGGCGAUAGCACCGAAUUUUUCGAUGUUCGAAGCGAUGUCGGCAAUCGAGUUGAUGGACCCGAAGAUGGACGUCGGAUUGGUGAGGACGCGGCCCGACCUAGGAUUCGCGAAGUGUCGACGAGAAGGUGCCCUUUCGCUGAAUUACUUGCCCGAAACAUUGGCCACACUGGAUGCAACUCUGUCGGCGCUGGUGACCUGGCUGGAAGGGGGAUCUUUGGCUCAAACAUUAUACACGAACGUCCUUCUCGUCAAUGCAAACCUUGUCAAUAAAGUGGACAUUUUGGGCACUUUUGGUCACGCGAUGAAUCAGCUCAUCUACUACAUCAAUAAUAUCAUCACAACGGCCAGCGUUUCGGAGGAAGAAGAUUUCAACGUUACAAAUCCAUAUCCAUGCAUUCCAUUUCAAAAGGAUUACAAAGUAAUCAGGAUCGAGCUUGAGGCGAUCGAAGCAUCUCUGGAAUCAGAAGCUAAAAUGACGAAUUGCGCUGAUGAUGAUGCCGCAGAAAGAUUAGUGAUGGGGUCGAUCGCUGCACGGUUGGCCUUUGUUAGAACAUUAACGCAGGCUAUUAUCAACCUUACUCCCAUCCACACCAUCAUCCUCGACAACAUCGAUAAGGCGAAUCCAACGCCCGUCGCGACUUUUCGUCCGAACUUACGUCAUACCACUGAGGAUUUACAAACAUGCCUUAAAAAUGCUGUAGUAAUGGCUGAUACUUGGCAUCUUGGAUCGAGGAGCGAAAGGGAUGAUGAGGACUUUGCUUGGUUGCCAGCGUUCGAGCCCGAUUUGAACAGGAGAAAGUUGCCAGCCACUUUUCCACGAAAAGCUGAGAUGAUUCCGCGUAAACGAGCUAUCCCCUACCUUGUCGAGAUGGUUCAAAUGCUGCUUCGUUUGCCAAUGGAAGUGCCAGAUGCUGUCUCCGAGCCUGGAUCAAUGAUUGCCUACGUGCGCGAGUACAGCGAGGCGAAGUUCUCGACGGCUUUUACUCGAUCGGUUCUGCAACUGAUGCUUUUUCCGCUCGACGACCAUGUGUUGGGUAAGCGCGCUUUGUCAGACCUUUGCGUCGACUCGCUGAAGAAUGCACUCGCGCCACCAUUGCUUGAUACAGACACUGGUUUGCUGGGCGACCCGGGAAUAAAAAAUAUGUGGUCGUUAAUGGUUUCGAAUAUGACGAAAGCGUUUCUGCUGAUUUCCCAAGUUUUUGGAAGUAAUUUGCCGCGUCAACGCGAGAAGCUCGUCCAUUCGAUUAGCGAUUUUUGCAUUCUUGAAAUGGAUGCCGACGAUUUGGACAAACAAUGUCUGAGAUUUUGUUCCGGAAGCUCGGCACCUCUCAACUAUAAUAUGCAGGGAGGACUCCAUCUUGGAACCUUUUUCAUCAGUGAAACCUUGCGCUUGAUGCGUCUCUACUUGGAGAGCUCGUUUCAACAAGAAUUGAUUGCUCCGUAUGAGUACACUUACAUGUAUUGGUUCUACGGAGAUAUCGUGAUGAAAUGGUUGUGCAGCGGAAACGAUCGAGCCUACAGCUAUCUGGCAAAUGGACUUAGUUCUACAGGAUCGAAAAAAGGGAAGACGUCGGUGACGAAAGUGUCAAAUAAAGAUUCGAGAAAAAAAACGAAACUACGAGAAUACAAAGCCGAGAACGCAUUCCUGAUGAUUGAAAUGGCGAUUUGUGAUGGAAUGUUCAGGGCCGCACUUGCACUACAAUUAAUGGGAAAGAUUAUUGUGCCAAUGUGGGAGGCGAACUCGGAGGAACUGCGCUUUGCUCAUCGAAUGGUACCAUUUAAGCAACUUCAACCUCUUUGCGACUUGAACUACGCGCGUUAUAGGAGGGACAGUCGCCUCGACUCGCUCGUUUCUGGUGGCCAUUCGCAAUUGCUUUCUGAUGCCGUUGAAGCUUUCGACAUGGCCCGAAUUCAAUUGGAACAGGGUCAACUCAGCGAUCGUUAUGUUGCGAAGGGUAACUCGUUGCUAAAAGUGUGCAAGAACAACAUUGUCGUGCUGCGCCUCUUCUCGUCGGGACGAAUGCCAAACUCGAGGAUUCACUUCGAGUUCACCGAAUCACCAGCCUACCCAAUGAUGCGUCUCCAA